AAAAUAUGCGAAAUUCCAGGAAAUAGGUUUUGGAAAAAAAAUAUUGGCACGCGAAUCAAGAGUCAAGCGCCCUUCUCAUGACAGCUAAAUAUACCCUCUCCUUCUCCUCCUUUGAUCAUCAUAUUUGAUUAUUUCUUCUUGUUUCCGAAUCCAUGGAUUCCAAGUCUGCAACCCCUGAUCCCAAAACCCAGAACCCCAUUGCUCCGGCGAAGCCCACCUCCAAAAACCAGAAGGAUUUCCUCACCCAGCUCGAAAUCUACUUGGCCAAGCGCGACGGCGUCGACAAACUGUUGAAAAUCUCGCGCUACGCCACCAAGAUCAUCCUGGCCUCAUCCCUCAUAGCCCAAGAACCACUCGUUACACGCCUUAAAUCAUUCGAAUCGAGCGUUGGAGUCAGCCGCAAGGCCUUCCGUUUAGGGAAGUUCGUCCAAGAUGUUAACGCUCUCCGCUCGACCCACUUCACUUCUCACUCCGACUUGAAUUUCGUCCUCAAUGUUAUCGCGUAUGGUGGGGAGGGGCUAUACUAUUUCAUCGAACAGUUUGUGUGGUUGGGAAAAGCUGGAUUAAUCGACAAGAGGCGUUUGCCCGCGUUGCAGAAAUGGAGCGCCUGGUGCGAGUUUGUGGGCUACUUUGGCAGCGUGAGCUUGAAGGUGAUAGAAUUGAGGAAGAUUGAUGAAGAGGAGAGGUGUUUGGUAGCGAGCAUUGAUUUGGCGGUGCUGCGGGGGAUUGAGUGUAGGGAGGAACACGACAAGCUUAGGAAAUUGAGGGAGAAGAAGAUGAUGAAGAGGCUUUCGAUGGUUCAGGAUUUGGCUGAUGGGUUGAUGGCGUUGGCUGAUAUUAGAGACGGCAGAGGACGGCUUUCGGCCCCGCUUGUGGUGUCGUCUGCGGGGCUACUGUCGGCAUUGAUUAGUACUCACAAGAACUGGAUUUCUUGCUGAGGUUUUGAGGUUUUGAUCACCUGCAGACUGUAGGGGAAGCCAUUUCUAGUUUCUUCAGCCACCACCUAGUUGGUAAUGUCUUAGUUCCUCCAAUUAUGGGUUCCAGCAGCUCUGAAGCCGGUGCAGCCCUGAUGCACCUAGUUGAUAAGUCUGUCUUAGUUCCUUCAAUUCCGAGUUCCAGCAGCUCUGAAGUCGGUGCAGCCCUGAAGCUCCCGUAUCUCUUUCCAGGGAACGAUCAUUUUCCCUGAGUUUCUACGAACAUAUUGGCCGGAAACGUCUUGAUGCAUCUGUUAUUGUUCAAGUGGGAUUGUUUACCUCUUUCAGAGGAAUUUCUCACUUUCAAGAAAACUCCCAGUUUCUUGGAAGAUUCCAACAUUAUGAGAUUCGUCGACCUCCUCCUUCGAACAUGUCUUCCUAUGCUCUUAGUAGAUGGAAUAAAUGGGGUAACCUGUGAGGAUUGAACAGUGAGUUUCGACGGUUGCAUGCACUGACUUCCUCUUACUUUCUAAUUCAAUUUAAACAUGGCUACUGAAAUAUUUCAUACUCGAUACUAUACUCGUACGGAUACUAGAGGUUGAUUCCAAC